ACAGGGUGUACUGUCUCUUUAAAGCCGUCACGACCGCAGCUCACCCCGUGGUAGGCUCCCGCUGCUUGUUAUCUUCUGUCAACAAGAUGGCGGUCGUUCCUGAGAGCAGAGUUCUAACUUUUAGCGUGUUUAAAUGGAGCUCUUACUCCUCAACAUAUUUACCCGAGAAUAUCUUGGUGGACAAACCUAACGAUCAGUCUUCCAGGUGGUCUUCAGAGAGCAACUACCCUCCUCAAUUUUUAAUCUUGAAAAUGGAAAGGCCGGCUAUUGCUCAGAGCAUCACCUUUGGAAAGUAUGAAAAGACUCAUGUCUGCAACCUGAAGAAGUUUAAAGUCUUUGGUGGGAUGAGUGAAGAGAACAUGACAGAACUUUUGUCCAGUGGCCUUAAGAAUGACUACAACAAAGAAACAUUCACCUUAAAGUACAAGAUUGAUGAGCAGAUGUUUCCCUGCAGAUUUGUCAAAAUAGUUCCUCUGAUGUCCUGGGGUCCUAGUUUUAAUUUUAGCAUCUGGUACAUUGAGCUGCAUGGUAUUGAAGAUCCUGAUGUGGUUCAACCCUGUCUUAACUGGUAUAGCAAGUACAGAGAACAGGAAGCCAUUCGUCUUUGCCUCAAGCACUUCAGGCAGCAUAACUACACAGAGGCCUUUGAGUCGCUCCAGAAAAAAACUCGGAUAGCACUAGAGCACCCCAUGCUCACUCACUUACAUGACCGACUGGUGCUACAAGGAGACUUUGAUGCCUGUGAGGAACUCAUUGACAAAGCUGUGAGAGAUGGUUUAUUUAAUCAGUAUAUCAGCCAGCAGGAGUACAAGCCUAGGUGGAGUCAGAUCAUUCCAAAAUGCAACAAAGGGACAAGUGUUCCAGAAAUCAACCGAGAUGACAUGAGCGGUGACGGUGAUGACAACAGGCCAGGAAUGAGGGGAGGACAUCAAAUGGUCAUUGACGUUCAGACUGAAACCGUGUACCUGUUUGGGGGCUGGGAUGGCACACAAGACUUGGCUGACUUCUGGGCUUACAGUGUUCAAGAGAACCAGUGGGCUUGCAUCUCCAGAGACACUGAGAAAGAGAAUGGGCCAAGUGCCCGUUCCUGCCACAAGAUGUGCGUAGACUCUCAGCGGCGUCAAAUCUACACACUAGGCCGAUACCUGGACUCCAGCGUCAGGAACAGCAAGUCUCUGAAGAGUGACUUUUACUGCUAUGACAUUGACGCAAACACCUGGACACUUCUCAGUGAGGACACAUCUGCUGACGGAGGGCCAAAGUUGGUGUUUGACCACCAGAUGUGCAUGGACUCGGAGAAACACAUGAUCUACACAUUUGGUGGUCGGAUUCUGACAUGUAACGGCAGUGUGGAGGACAGCCGGACAUCAGAACCUCAGUUCAGUGGCCUGUAUGCUUACCAUUGCCAGGCUGGAACAUGGAACCUCCUGCGGGAAGACUCGUGUAACGCUGGGCCAGAAGAUAUCCAGUCCCGCAUUGGACAUUGCAUGCUCUUCCACACUAGAAACCGUUGUUUGUAUGUGUUCGGAGGUCAGAGGUCAAAGACUUACCUCAAUGAUUUCUUUAGCUACGAUGUGGACGGAGACCACGUAGAGAUCAUAUCUGAUGGCACCAAGAAGGACUCUGGCAUGGUGCCAAUGACAGGCUUUACCCAGAGAGCCACCAUCGACCCUGACCUCAAUGAGAUCCAUGUUCUCUCGGGCCUCAGUAAAGACAAGGACAAACGUGAGGAGAAUGUUCGCAACUCCUUCUGGAUCUAUGACAUCGCCCGCAACAACUGGUCAUGUGUGUAUAAGAACGAUCAGGCAGUGAAAGAAAACCAGAGCAAGGCUCUGCAGGAGGAGGAGCCGUGCCCACGCUUUGCACAUCAACUUGUAUAUGAUGAGAUGCACAAGGUGCAUUACCUGUUUGGUGGAAACCCUGGGAAGUCAUGUUCUCCCAAAAUGCGAUUGGACGACUUCUGGUCCCUCAAACUGUGUCGGCCUUCUAAGGAGUAUCUGCUCCGUCACUGCAGAUACCUCAUCAGGAAAUACAGGUUUGAGGAGAAAGCCCAGUCAGAGCCACUAACUGCACUGAAAUAUCUUCAAAAUGAUCUGUCGCUCACUGUGGACCACACAGACCCUGAUGAGACCAAAGAGUUUCAGCUCCUGCCCUCAGCCCUCUUUAAGUCUGGCUCUGACUUCAUCCCUCUGGGUUUCUCAGACGUGGACCAGACAUAUGCUCAGAGGACUCAGCUCUUUGAUAUGCUAGUCAACUUUUUCCCAGAUAGUAUGACCCCACCCAAGGGCAACCUGGUAGACCUUAUCACCCUCUAACCCCUCCUGCUUCUGACACGCCCCUCCGUACCCCAUCUUAUCACCCACUGGACUGACUGAACACCACCCAUGCACCUGAUGGGACAGAGGAAACACAGACCUGUUAUUUUUCUAUUCCUGAACUUUGCUUGUGGGAGUAAACUUGAUGUGAAUCAUCCCCACCUCUAACACACUGACCUGCUGCUGUCAGGCUGCAUUAAUGAUGGUGAUGGUUAUAAACACAUACACACAUUAAUAUCACUAUAUAAGCAGAAUUCCAUGAUAGCUUGAAGUGUGUUUUUCCUAUUUUCACUCGAAUAUUUCUUCCAGUUUUUUUUCCACGUACCCAAAGCCCAUCAUAUCCGAACAUAGCCAAAACAGUUUUUGUCUGACUUGAAUAUUUCUUCCCUGAAAAGUUAAGACCAAAAAGGGUAUUUCCACUCAUUUGUUUUUAGUCUUGUUUCUUUGAAUGUUCCUCUUUAAAGGUAUAAUUCAACGAAAAAUGAAAAUUCACUCAUUAUCUACUCACCACUAUGCCUAUGGAGGGGUGGGUGAAGUUUUGAGUCCACAUACUCUUUCGCGUUUCAGGGGUAAACAGCUUUGCAGCCAAAACUAAUUUGAAGUAACUGGUGACCACUUGAGCCAGCCUCGACAUCCACAUCGGACUCAAAACAACAUCAGUUACACCAUGUUUUUGGCCUAAAUGUCCUUUGAUAUUCUCUUCUGGAGCUGUGUUUGCACACACACACUGCACACAAGCUCUAGCCCAAGGUUGCGUGCGGUAGCAAUGCUAGUUGAGAUAGCAUUGGUACAUCCGGUAGCCGACAUUUUGACACCACAGGACAGUAUGGAAGCUUUUUCUUUUCUUUUUUUCUUUUACAUUUGAAGCUGUGCUCACCAGUUACUUAAAUUGUAUUGGAUUUGGCUGCAAUGCUGUUUAUUCCUGAAACUCCAAAAGUGUUUUGUGGACUCAAAACACUGGACUCAACCACCCCCUCCACGGAUGUAGUGGUGAGUAGAUUAUGAGUCAAUUUUCAUUUUUUGGUGAACUAUCCAUGUAGGUUUUAUGUGAUAAAUUAUAAGAUGAUUUAUGUUCAGGCCAGUUGUAAAGUCAAGAAGCCAGUUAAAUUCAAAUUCAUGAGUGUUUAAUUUUUAAUGAGACGGGACAGAACAGAAAUAGGGAAUAAAUUUGCUCUGCUUUAAAUAUCUCUUACAUUUUGGGACACAUCAGCUUUCAUUUGAUGACUUGGUUAGCUUAGUUUUCUGUAACAUAUGCCCCCAUUUAUAACAGAGAGACUAACGAGGUGCAACAAAGUAUUGUAUGAACAAUAUUGGACUGAUUCUAAGAGAUAAAGUUUAAUAUAUAUCUAAAUAUACAUUUAUAUUGGUUUUUGGGUGUUAUCCAUGUAAAAUGUCUGUCCUCUGUCGUUUAUGGGCAGAAGCUUAACUAUUAGACAUCUAAUGUUGUACAAAAUAUGUCAAUAUACAUGUAGGAUUAUUUUCAAAGAUUCUUGGAUUGAACAGAUCCUAUCAUGGAUCAUGCUCUUCCUUGUCCCUCUUAAUCAUAAACUGUGCGUCUAUAUACAGUUACCUUCUGGUUUUAUAUGUCGUACUUAUAAUUACUCAUUGGGAAAAAUUUCAAAUAACUGGUGUGUGAGUUUUAAUGAAUUGCUGGUAAUCCAGGGGGAGAAGGUGUUUUAGGUCAGUUUGGUGUUGACAUGUUUGUUCUGUAUGAUAAAGAUGUUGGUAUUUGUCUCUCCACUGGCGACAAGCAGUGGCCAGUGAACAUGAUGUAUCAAGAACACCUUGAGGGGGUAAUUUCUUCAAGUGUGGUACUAAACAUUCACUUGGACUCAAGGAUGAACCGUUUAGAUUUUGCUAGUCAAAGGUCAAGGUCUCGCUGGCCUCACUAAAACACGUUUUUGGUUUGGAACACAACAUCUCAGGAACACCUUGAGGAUAUUUCUUCAGAUUUGGUACAAGUCAAAGAUGAAUGAUUAUGUUUUAGUGGUCAAUGGUCUGGGUGAUCUCUUGACUUGUGGAUGUGAUGUAUCAAGAACACCCAUAGGCAAAUUCAUCAUGUGGCUCAAACAUUCACUGUGACUCAAGGACGAGUCAAAAACCUUUUUUGCCUUGUGAAUGCGUUACCUGAAAAAUAACUUGACCUUUUAGAUUUAGCACAAAGUUCCCUUAGACUCUCAAAUUAAUUAAUAAGGCUUUGGUCCACUAGGAUCAAGGUCACAGUGGCCUCUUAAACAUGAUAUCGCAAAUCUCUGAGGGAAUUUUUUUAAAUUUUGAACAGUUGUCACCUGGAACAAAAAAUGAGCUAAUUCAAUUUCAAUGGGCAAACUUCACGAUGACCUCAGAGUCCGGAAAAAUUAAUAAUAAUAAAUACAUUUUCUGUGCAUAAACAGAAGCAUGCAGUUUCGCACCUCUAGGGCACUUUUUGGUGAUGUCACACUCAAUAUAUUUGACAUCUAAAGGAGGUAUUGUCUUCUUUACUAAAACUCUGCCUGGCUCCCAUUAUCAUUCAUCAGUUUCCACAGACAGACUUGUCCAUUGGAAAUAAAUCAAGUAUCAUGUUAUAGAAAUAAUGAAAAGACUGCAGAAAACCAUCUUGGCUUAGUGAUUUCUGCAUAAAAGGACAGAAGAGCGAACAAAUAAUAAUCUACUUACAUGGAGUGUGCUCAGUCCUUUUUAAGCCUGUUCUGUGUGCCAAAGAAAUAAACUAAAGCCAGCAAGCCUGCUUACAGCCGAUCACCCAGUCAACCAGAAACUGAAUUCCUGAGUAACUUUAAAAAAAGACUUUUUAAAUAAAUGUGCCAGUUAGUACCUCUCUCAAGAGAAGCUUAGCUAAAGAGCUUGGAGCUAGCAUUAUUCAUGUAACCAACAAAAUAAUUAAAUACAAGCAGGUCUGAAGUCAGAACCAUAUAAACCUUAUAUUUCAUAUUAUUUAGAGCAGAGAAUCAAGAUUAAGAAAAUUGAUACAUGAACAACUUUAAUUACAUGACUUGGCAUUUUGUUGGAAGUGGCUAUGGUAUUAGUGGAAUAAUAGCUUGUAUGUUCCAUACAACUGGGCGGCAAAGAACUGUGAGAAGCUGCUCAAGUCUUCUAGCAGGAGGAUGAUGAUCACACUCAGUUACAGAGAGAAGCCCUGAGUUGUUAAAGGACAGUUGCUGCAUGUGUUUAGUUAAAGUAGCAGAGGUAAACUGUCGAUCUGCUUAUACCAAAUCAUAUUUGGACUUUGGUGUAGUUUUGGUUUGUAGUCAGUCUCUGUCAGACAUACAGAUUUCUCAUAUUAUGGGGGUAUAAUUUCAUCAGUGUUAUUUGUUUGUAUGAUAGUUGGCGGCAUUACCUAAAAACUACCCAAUGGAUUACCACAAUACUUGGUUGAAGGAUGUGGAAUAGGUUAGAGAAGAACCCAUUCAAUUUUCUGGAUCAGAGGAAAGAAGCAGGAAUAUUUGCCACUUUUUUAACGUGGCAAGAUGUUUUUUAUGAUUUUUUUAUUUUUAUUUUUUAUUUUCACCAAUUUCAAUGGGAGCAAUGCAAGGCUCUAGAUGAAAAAAAACAGCUUUAUUUAGGGGACUGAUAUGAAUGUGUACAAUUUUGAUGCAGUUGAUUGAAUUUCAGUGCACUGGAGGUAUGCACUCUUGGAAGUGCUAUUCUAGUUUGUCAACUCAAAAAUAUAUUAUAAGAAAUUAUUCAUUUGUCAGGUGAAAGUAACAAACAGUUCUCUUUGCAUCACAAAUGGUACAUGAUUGGUAAUAAUGUGCUGGAUCAGUCUGCCUGACGAACGCUGACGGCAGAUGAAGAAAACGAGCUGGGUAAAAAGAUAAUGGUAUAUUUACUUUCAUGUUUAACAAUUUUUUCAAUGCUUUUGACUUGAGGGUCUAUAAUGAGGGAAAAUCGAGAUUUGAUUUUGAGAUCGAACCUAAAUUACUAGCUUUUAUGAAUCCCCCUAUAGUGUUUUUUGAUGGAUAAUGGCAUACACCUAAUGUACUUAUUUACCAAUGUUUUGCAGGGUUAAGCACAUAAAACCACAAGUCUUGUACUUAUAACAAAAGCCACUGUCUUUGGCACUGUCUUUAAACUUUACCAGAAUUACAGACUACAAGUACAGUUUACAGAAAUUACAACACAAAUUAUAUAAACAUGCUAACCAAUAGAUGUUCUGAAAGGGUACUGGCAUGGUGAGAGAGAGCAUUCUAAGAGGAAAGGGCUCUGCAUGCAGCUCUACAGAAGAAGGGGCACAAAGGCCAUGGUGGUCGUAGUGCAUACAAUGAUUUUCUGGGCACUAUGGCAUGAUGAGGCUGGCACGAAAUUCCCACCCUGCUCAGCAACAGGCAGAGCUCAGCUCAACACCAGCCCUGCUCUGUAAGGGUAUACUGUAUGGAUGUAUUGUCCCACCCCCUCAUGAUCGAUUUGCUUCAAAAGUUUAUCAUCUGGAGAUACUCUCCCAAGUAAUAAUCCUAAUGGAUGGUGAAAAUCCAUCCAUUCUUCCACACUUGGUUUACCCCUUGACUGGUGGCUCUCAGUUUGUGUCCUGCUUUGCAGACUACUGUGAAAAUCACCUUGAUGAGCGUGAAGCAGUGACACACUGUACAAAACACUUGUUAGAUGGUGCUGAAGUUAGCUGUUAUAAAUGGGGGACAGGGCAAGAACUACAGUAUCCUUUAGGUGAUAGUUGGCACUAAUGUUGGAGGAGUAGUUCAGUAUUGUUGCCUUCUCGGUGAGAGUUAGCUGAGAAGACUAGAAGCAGGGGGAAUGGCAAACCUGCUUCUGUCCAAAGAUGAGUCUGACCGCCCAGCAGCCUCCAGUGGCAACAAAGCAAGUCACUUGACCUGGCCUACAUACAGUCUAAACUCCCUGUAAAAYGUAGGAUUUUCUUUAUACAGAUGAAAGAAAAAAAGAUCAAAGUAACCAGUAAGUUUUACAGAUGCUGGAGUUGGAUAUUUUUUUCCCCUUUGGACAGAGCCAAGCUAGAUGUUUCCCUGUUUGUUGUCUUAUUGUAGCUUCAUGUCUACAGUGCUAUUAAUCUUCUCAUCUAACUCUGCAAAUGUAUGUACUACCAAAAAUAUAUUGAUUUAAAGGUGCGUGAUUUGUACAAACAAACUGAAAUUUUAAGACAAAAAACAUUGUUAUAGUCCUUUGAGUGUCCGAGACAAUAUUCCUACCAACCCCGUCAGAGGAACAGUUUCAUGCUUUAAUUGAAUGCACUUGAUUAACUUUUMAUUARGUGAACCAUUGUUUAAAGUAUAAUGAGACUGGAUGCUCUGCUACACCAUCUUCACUGUAAAUAGUGUUGCUGGUGUGUUGUUAGCGGAGAUUUAAAAAAUAAAUUUCCAGAAAGUGCAGCAUCAGAAUGGACCGACAAUACCAACCUGCUACUUAAACAGCCUUUAAUUCCUUGAAUACAUCAGUGGAGGUAAAUAAAAUCUUUACAACAAUACCAUAGAGAUUUCUUGAUACUGUUCUGAUUGCUUUGUUGUUUUGUGUUAAUGUUUGUUUUGGAAAGGAGGAUGGCAUGUGUAUUAUUUUUUUGUGUAUUUUCUGCCCUGAAUGAAAACAAAUAUCUGAUUAUUUAAAAAAGAGACACUGAACCUAUAAAGGAUGAUUUUUUACCUUUAAUUCAAGAAUUCAAGUGAAGUAUCUUCAAUGGUAUUUGGACAUUUAGGGCUCAUCAUGCUUGCUAAGCAUUUUCUUCUGUUUUGUGCCAGCGGAAUUAAAGACGUAAGCGCUUUUGUAAAGGACACUUUGCCAAAUGCUGUUAGCCAUUUUAUGAUAAAGCUCCCCACACAACAAACUUUGCUGUACGGUUGGUUAUCUUGUAUUUUGCCCUCUUGGCCUCAUUGUGACCUUUGGGUGRGACUUGGAAGCUUUAAGGGUGGCACUCUAAGAUAAUGGAGCACUACUGUGUGGAUUCAGUGAAUGUGUAGAAAGCCUUGUAGUAUUGCAUUGUAUGUAAUGUAUAUAAUAAAUAAAGACUGUAUUUUGUUGAGCUUU